AUGUCGAUUUCUUCAUCAAACACUAAAGCAAAGAGGUGUCGGCACUGCAAUGCUGAGAUGGUGAAGAUAAUUUCCAAAUCCAAAAGGAAUCUGGGCAGACCGUAUUGGAAGUGCUUCACAACAUAUAGAAGUAUAAUCUUCCCAAACCUCGGAGCUACAAGGUGUAGUGGCUAUGAAUGGGUGACAGCAGCCAACACCCCAACUGAAUCUGACAUUCAAAACCAGGUGUAUGUGAAGGAACUUAAUGCAUAUGCUGAAGUAAUCCAUAUACUGAAGGGCAUUAAUACAAUCCUCCUACUGCUGUUAGUUCUAUCAUUUCUGAAUUUGGCAGUUAAAUUGAUGAAAAAGUAA